AUGACCGACAUCAAACCACGGGAAUUUUGCGGUAAAUUAGUUAGCCCACCACCAGCGAAAUCCGCAGGUAGACCUGUUGGAUUCGCAGCAGCUGUCACAGGUGGUGGGAGUGCUAAAGGCGCCGCUCCACCUAAUAUUCAAACACUCAAAACUUGGUUAUCGGACGCCACAUCACGUGUGAUAUUGAUUGAUAGACUCUUUGAUUUUACUGAUUCAGAAGGAAAUACUACAGGACCAGGAUGUUCAAUUUGGCCACAAUGCUCAAAUGGAGCUCAAGCACAGGUGGCCAUUGAUUUUCGUGGGUGGUGUGCGCCUGACCGUAAAUUAUCGAAAGGCGGCUAUAACUCCCCUGGUGGUAGGCAGCAACAAGUCAGUCUUGGGAGUUGGUGCAAAAGGUGUGAUCAAAGGCAAAGGAAUAUCGCAAUCACAUACCUGAACCCACACGCGGUAUGGGGUGGCGAUGCUAUCACAUUCAACGGGGCAACGGACGUUUGGAUCGAUCACUGCACCAUCAGCUUGAUAGGACGACAAAUGAUCUCAGCUGGUGGAAGCUUUCCAAACGCUGGGAUCACCAUGUCGGCCAAUCAUUUUGUUGGAAAGAGUCCAUGGUCCACUGACUGUCGCGGGCAACAUUACUGGACUAUCAUCUUGGGUGGCCAAGGAGACCAGAUGACGUUAGCAGACAAUUUCAAUAAUUACCAUUCAGGAACUCGUGGUCAAGCCGCGGAGGUCAGUCAAGGUGGUACAAUGAUCAUGGAAGCGGAUGUCUUUGAGGAUUCUGGACCAACAAACCCCAAUCAGGCUAACGCGCAGAUAGGAGGCGCAUUGUUUGCCCCAUUUAGUCCUCAGGAAGCACAGUCAUGCUCAGGUUCUUUGGGUAGAGCUUGUGUUCCGAACUUGAUUUCGAGGGCACCUUCUGGUGCACCCUACAAGUUCGCUGUCAAUGCGGCUGCAUUGAACGCAGCUAGGUCACUUCCGGCAGUAAAGGGUGCACGUGUACAACCAGCUGCCUCAGUCUUGCAACGCAAGAUGUCACAAUGUGGCGUAGGCAAGAUUGGAUAA